AUUAUUAUUAAUAUUUUCAACUAAAAUUGUUAUUAUUAUUUCAAAAAUAACAAUGGGUGAUGUGUGGAAGAUGUUGUUUGAGAAAAAAAGUGAUAAAAAAAAAUCGGCAAUGAGGGAUUCGGUUCUCGAGCUUCGAACACGAAUGACGCGAAUGAUUUCCAUCGUCGAAAUAACCUCACCGGAUUAUGAUGAUCCGAUGGCAGCGCAAGACCCCAAGUGGCAAAAAGAUGCCGCGGACCAGAAUUUUGAUUAUAUGUUCAAACUUCUUAUAAUUGGAAAUUCAUCAGUUGGGAAAACAUCAUUUUUAUUCCGAUACGCAGAUGACUCGUUCACGUCAGCAUUUGUAUCAACUGUUGGUAUUGACUUCAAAGUCAAAACAGUUUUUAGACAUGACAAGAGAGUAAAAUUACAAAUAUGGGACACAGCUGGCCAAGAAAGAUAUAGAACUAUUACAACGGCUUAUUACAGAGGAGCAAUGGGUUUUAUCCUUAUGUACGACAUAACCAAUGAGGAAUCAUUUAAUUCAGUUCAAGACUGGAUUACACAGAUUAAAACAUAUUCGUGGGAUAACGCUCAAGUUAUUCUUGUUGGGAAUAAGUGUGACAUGGAAGAAAGGGUGGUUAGUUAUGAAAGAGGCAAACAGUUGGCAGAACAAUUGGGAGUACCAUUUUUCGAAACGUCAGCUAAGGAAAAUAUUAACGUUAAGGCGGUGUUUGAACAAUUGGUUGACAUAAUUUGUGAUAAAAUGAGUGAAUCUCUUGACAACGAUCCAACAUUGAUGGCCGGAACAGGUCAAGCAAAAGGACAACGGCUUACUGAUCAAUCACCAAAUCCUACGAACCCUAAUUGCAACUGCUAAGAAUUUUAAAUAUUGAAACUUAAGGGAUAUACAAUUGAAAACAAUGGAGGAGAUCAUAAUUAACACAUCGGAAAACCACCGUGCGUCGUGUUAAAAUCACAGCAGACUAGUUAUUUUUAAUCUUCUGUAUUCGGUGGUUAUUUAUUUGUCAGUUCACUAAUUAUCUAAACACGAAGUGCUCGUUAUUCAGUUAGAGAUAAAUUCAGGUGUUUGAUUCGCACUGUGAUCACAUGUCAAUAAGAUUUGCCGCCAACUAUUUUUAUUAUUACUAAUUAUUAUUAUUAUCUACAUAUUACAAUUUCCUAAAGUCAAAAAUUGGAUUCAAUUAUAAUGUUCAUUAAGAAAAAAACCUGCAAAUACCGAUUUAAUUCUAGCUGAAAGAGUAGACAUGUAUGUUUUUUUUUUUUUUAAACUUCUUGGCGUGUCACAUCAAGCACAAGGUAGAGAUGUGUAUGUCUCGUGACACCCGAAAUACAUGAUGAACAAUGUAGAUGAAAUAGUUGCGAUGGUACAAGUGAUACUGAGAUUAAAUAGUUAAAUAAUAUAAUGGAUAACUAUUUUUUUUCUAGUAAAUUAAAUUUCAAAAAGUUUUCUAAAAUAAAGAAAAUCUUCAAGUAAAAUAUUUUGUAUGAAUCUGAUAAAAAUUUAAUUAUAAAAUAUUUUUCACAUGUAAAAACAUUUUCAUUAAUCUAAUUACAAUCAGGGAAAGUUAAAUUAUUCUAAAAAUGUCAAUUAUACAAGGACACAGUUGUAAAAUAUGUCAUGUAUGACUUGAAUCAUCGCAAAAUUGUGUACUAGACACGCUGCCCUCUGUACAUAAUAGAUAUUACUAUAAUUAUUAUUACUAUAACUAUGAUUAUUAUAAUUAUUAUUAAUUUUUAAAGUGUAUUGUACGCGUUAAUAAUCUGUGUGAAUUCAUGGGACCUAUUCUUACAGUAGAAUAGGAAAACAAAGCCCAGGCUACCGCCAUAAAUAAUUCUCGUUAAUGAAAAAUUAAUUUAUUAAAAUAUUAAAAAAAAAAACAAAUAAAAUAACGGUUAAUGUCUGACAUCUAUUCAGCUACUGUGAGUGGAAUGGUUACGAGAAACUGAACGAAAAGAAUGAAUAAAAAAAAAAAAGAAUACAAAAAAAUGUAGCGUAUCAAUUUGUCCCUCAAUGUGUAUCUUAUAUUUAAAAUUCUUCUCUUUUUUAACUGACUAAACAUUUCUAUCUAUAAAAAAAUUUUUAUUUGGGGGCUAAGAAAUAAUUAUUUACUACUGUUCACAUCAAGAUAUUCAUAAAAAUGAUAAAAGUGUAAAAGAUAGAAAAAAAAAAAAAAAUGUUGGAAAAUGUGUAAUGUAAGGAAAUGCAUUUGAAAAUUCCGUAGUGGUUGGAAAUUUGUAUGUAUGUAUUGUAACGUAUGUAACUAUUAUGCCUAAUGUUAUCUAUAACAAAACAAUAAUUGUAUUACUUGUCGAAUACAGGAAGAAAAAUGGAUUAUUGAAGUCAUAAACGUCGACUAUAUAUAAACAAAAAUAAUUGUAAAAUUUAGUCGAUGUUAGUUGUAUGAUUGUAUUUAUCUGAAUCGUGCAUUAAUGCACAAAAACAAAUGCAAAGAAGUAAAAAAGCAUAACAAUGAUAAUAAAAUAAAUAAAAAUAAAAAAACUUGAAUAAAUAAACAAAUGAAUAAAUAAAGAGAAUUAUUGGAGGUCUAUGCGACUAUCCUAACUUAGAGAUGUGUAAAAAAAUGUAGCAGAUGAUUAUAUAUAUAAAUAUACUUAUAUCUAUAUAUAUAAAUAUAUAUAUAUGGCUCGGUUCGAAAUGGAGUAAAGUUAUAAUUUACAAAA